UAAUCAUCGCCCAAUCAUCUUUUUCUAUCAUCGUAUUCCCCAUUCCCCCGUACACUUCCUUUACUCAUCCCAUCUUCACCACCACCACCACCACAGAACAACGACUCCACCGUCGGUAGAAUCACUUCUACUCAUCUCGCCACACUUCAUCACCACCACCGACGAAAAGAAAACAUGAUUGCUAACUUCCCUACUGACGUCAUCGCUGCCACCCGUAAAUACAUUUAUGUUUUCCGUCGUCGUGGCUUCAUCAAGCCGACAAGUUACUUUGUCCUCCUCCUCUGUUUGUCCUAUUACCUUGGCUACUUAUCAACUGUUUCAAAGAAUCCAACUCACGAACCACACCAACACUACUCCACCACCACUUCCAGCCCACCAUCAAAAGUUGUCGUCGAUCACUACCAAUUCCAGACUCGAUGCGCUGAUCCGAUUCCCUCCCAGUUCAUCCGCGAGACAAUCCUCAACUAUGUCUUCAACGGAACAUCCCCCUAUCAUGAUUUCCCUCAACCCCAUAUCAAACCACUCUUACGACAGAAAAAAAUCAACGGUUGGGGAUCAACGGGCGCUGUCUUCAGGAACCUAAUUCAUAAAGUACGACCCAAGACCAUCAUAGAAUUGGGCACCUUCCUUGGCGCCUCAGCUAUACACAUGGCUGAGUUGACCCGUGAACUCGGUCUCGACACUCAAAUUCUUUGCAUCGAUGAUUUUCGUGGUUGGCCCGGUUUACCAAACCAGUUUCAAGACAUUAAAAUGGUUAAUGGUGACACGAUGCUGAUGUACCAAUUCAUGCAAAACGUUGUUCAGGUUAAUGCAACGGAAGCCAUUAUAUUUUUGCCGUUUUCGACGGCGUCAACUCUGGAGAAGCUAUGUGAGUGGGGUGUUUUUGGUGAUCUGAUUGAAGUCGACGCCGGCCAUGAUUUUCACUCUGCAUGGUUGGACAUUAAUCGUGCAUAUAAACUGUUGAGACCAGGUGGGGUUAUUUUCGGGCAUGAUUAUUUUACGGCGGCAGAUAACAGAGGUGUUAGAAGGGCGGUUAAUAUGUUUGCCAGCGUCAACGGCCUUCGAGUUAAGGCCGAUGGUCAACACUGGGUACUUGGCUCCUUCUGAGUUGUAAUAGAUUUUAUGAUAUCUGCAUAACUUUACUGUAGACGUACUUAAGAGGACGAUUGCUACCUUCACAAUCACUGCACACAUGCAAAUUUCUCAUUAAUAAACUAAUUCCAUGAGCCUCAAAUCUCAAUUCUCAAACACGAAAGUAGAAAGCAUCGUCGGAAAUGAAAAAUUAACUUUUAGGGGGUGGUGUAGUUUUUUACUUAAAUUAGUAUGGAAAGCACAACAUUUUCAAGACCA